CUCGUUGUUGUUGCCGCUCCCUGCCGCCCACCACACGAGAACCCCCCCUCCUCCUCCUCACCACCCUGCCGCCUCUCUCCGACCGUCCCCUUCCUCAGCGAUCGAGCGAGGGAUCGAUCGUCGAUGUUCGCGCUGGAACCGGUCGUGCCCUCCGGGGACCCGCCCCAGCCGGGAGACCUCAUCGAGAUCUUCCGCGCCGCCUACCAGCACUGGGCCCUCUACCUGGGCGAGGACCUGGUCGUCAACAUCGUACAGCACGACUCGGGCGCGCCGGCCUGCUCGGCGAGCGCCAAGUCGGUGCUGUCCCGGCGCGCCGUCGUGCGGCUGCAGUGCCUCGCCGACGCGGUGGGGCCCGACGCGUUCCGCGUCAACAACAAGUACGACGACCGGCACGCGCCGCUGCCCGCGGCCGAGAUCGUGCGGCGGGCGCGGCGCCUCGUCGGCCGCGACGUCUCCUACGACCUCCUGGGCAGCAACUGUGAGCACUUCGUGACGCUGCUGCGCUACGGAGAGGCCGUGUCGGACCAGGUGUCGCACGCCAUGGGCGCCGUGGGGCUGGUGGCGACCGUGGCCGGACUCUUCUCCCUCUUGGGCAUCAUCCGCAGCCGCACGGCCAUGCGAGACUCCUCCUGACUCUCCCUCUUUCACUCACACAGCCUCAACGCCCAAGGGCUCACACGCGCGCGCAUCGAUGUUCGCAAUCCACAAAGGGGUUAGCC